ACGUUGAUAACCAAAGCGUGCCGCGCCGGCCGCGCCCGCACCUAACUUAUGUGCCAAAAGUUGCUGCACCAGUCUUGAUCGAAUGAGGUUUUAAGCGUUUGUCAGUACUGAUUACUGUUUAGUUUCAAAUAAACCUUACUCGAUUCCAGAUCAAGUUUUUCCAACGUAUAGAGAGUUUUAUUUGUGUUUUUUGUUUUGCUUUGAAAAUAUUGUAAAUAAUAACUAUAAAUCGUAUUAAUAACCAUUAAAAAAAAAAACAAGCUUAGUUAAAAUGCAGCCCAUAAAGUUUUAUUUUGAUGUUCUAUCACAACCAUGUCGAGCUUUGUAUAUUCUUUUGGAAGCAGCAAAAAUUCCAUACGAAGCUAUUCCGGUGAAUUUACUUAAAGGAGAACACAUGACAAAGGAAUUUGAAAAAGCUAAUCGCUUCAAAAAAGUGCCAGCUAUUAACGAUCAUGGCUUCCAACUUACAGAGAGUGUGGCUAUAUUACGACAUUUAAAUCGAGAAAAAAUAGUCCCAGAACAUUGGUAUCCUCGCCGCAAUUUGGCCCGCAGUCGCAUUGAUGAAUAUAUGGAAUGGCAGCAAACGAACAUGAGACCAGCAUGUAGCAAUUAUUUUCAAGUGAAAUGGUUGUUGCCAACUCUAAACAAAACCCGUCCAAAUGAAGAUGAUAUCAAUAUGGCAGCAAAACGACUUGAUCAUACAAUAACAGAAUUCGAAAAUGGUUUUCUAAAUUCAAACAAAUUUAUGGCGGGCCGUAAUGUAUCAUUUGCAGAUCUUUUAGCAAUUUGUGAAAUUGAUCAACCUGUAACUGUCGGAUACAAUCCAUUCAAAAACAGAGCGAAAUUAGCUCAAUGGUAUGAAAUUGUCCGAGAAGAAUUGGGACCUAUCUACAAAGAGGUUCAUGAUGAAUUCGAGCAUAAACUUAAAAAUGCUGGUGUAAAAGAUGAAGCUAUUUCGAUCAAGCAGUAAUAUUUAAGAUGUUGUGGAUAUUAAGUUGAAAGAAUUAAGUAAUAUUUAAGUUAAAAACUAG